GCAAAAUAAGGUGGUUUCCUACUUGGUGAAUGCAGUCUAUAUUUAACAACAUGUGCUUCUGUUUCGCAAAUAGAAUCUCCCUCAAAAAUAUUCAUCGAAGUAAAAUGCCUAAACAUAAGCUAGUGCGGUUAUUGACAUUUUUAUAGAUUAUCAUGUUUGUAAAAGUGUUUAUCCUUAUUGCAGUUUUAUGUAUAAAAAUAAGUUCAAAUGAAGGAGGUGUAUCGAUUGAUAGUACUUUGGUUGGCGGUCUUUUUGAGGGCUUUGACCAAGAAGAACUGCUUGUAUUUAAUGUGGCAGUGGAUAUGGCUAACAAGAAACAGUCCCACUAUGGCCGUCACCUCAAAGCUACACUUGCUUACAUUGAACCCGAAUAUGUAAUUGACACUGUGCACAAAUCCAUCGUUGGCAUCAACUGGAGUAUGCCCAUGGCAGCAAUGGAGAUGAUGUGUUCCAUGCUUAGAAGUGGAGUUGUGGCAGUUUUCACAUCUUUAUCGGAGAGCAGUGAGGACAUCGUUCAGUCCAUAUGUGACUCAAAAGAAAUACCAGUUAUAAAGAUUACUGCAAGUAGUGAGAGUGACCCGGAAUGUUGUUCAAUCAGUAUGUAUCCACAUCGCUCCACAGUUGUGAGAGCAUUUAGCGAUUUGGUUCAAUACUUUAAGUGGAAGAAUUUUGCGUUGUUGUAUGAGAUGUCGCAUGUAGAUUCUUUUUUAGAAGUAUUAAAGGUUUCUACGGACACUGGGGCUACAGUUGACAUACACUUAUUGCACCAAAACGAGACUUCUGGUUACAGAAAUGUUUGGAAAGAUGUCAGAAAGUCAAAAGCAACCAAAUUUAUUGUAAUAUGUUCCAUUGAAAACCUAAGUGACGUUUUACAACAAGCUCAGGAAGUUGGACUAAUGACAAUAAAAUAUAAUUACAUUAUUUUAAAUUUUGAUUUACACACUAUCGAUCUUAGCCUGUACCAGUAUAGUGAAGCAAACAUAUUUGGGGUUCAGCUCAUAGAUCCAACGGCUCCUUUAGUAAUCGAAGCUGCUCAAGAAAUUCAAUUAGCCAAGAAAAAAAGGAAGAUGCUGACUCAUCCUCCUCACAUAACAGCUUGGAAGCUUAGAGCAUCAUCUGCUUUACUAAUUGAUGCGGUCAAUCUCUUUUCAGAGACACUUAAAGAUAUGCACAGUUUUACUGUGUUACAGUUGUCGUGUAACGCAACUGAUAACUGGGCGUACGGAAGUACAAUAUAUAAUUUUCUAAAAAUGAGGACAAUGACAGGUUUAACUGGAUUAAUAAAGUUCGACCACAAAGGAUUUCGUAGCGAAUUCAAUUUAAACAUCAUUCAGCUUAAAGAAGGAGGAAUUGCCAAAAUUGGAACUUGGUCGCCCAAAGAUGGAAUAAAAAUGGAUAAUUCGUCAAUGUUCAAAGAUAAUUUAAAAGAGAAGCAUUUGAACGUAAUGAUUAGUUGGUCGGAACCUUACACCUUCUAUAAGAACAGCAGCACGGUCUUGCUGGGAAAUGACCAAUUUGAAGGUUUCGUAGUCGACAUCAUUUCCGAAAUCUCUAAGCUAGAGGGUUUUAAUUACACAUUGAUCCGCAAUGAGGACGACAAAAAUGGUGACUAUGAUCCUGUAACACAAUCUUGGAAUGGAAUGAUUGGUGAUAUUUUGAGUGGGAAAGGUGACAUAGCCAUUGGGGAUAUGGCGAUUACUAAAGAGAGAGAAGAGUACGUAGACUUCACGGUUCCUUUUAUGUCGCUAGGUAUUCAAAUACUGUACGUGAGACCGUCAAAGCCAGUACCAGUAUUUUUUUCAUUUGCUCAUCCUUUUCAUCCUGAAGUGUGGCUUUGGAUCGGCAUUUCGUAUUUUACGGUGUCUGUUGGCCUUUACGUAAUGGCGAGAGUUUGCCAACCCGAAUGGGACAAUUGGGAUCGGUGUAUAAAGCAGCCAAAAUAUUUCGUUAACCAAUUCCAUUUAAGAAAUUCAUUUUGGUUCGUGUUGGGAUGCUUUAUGCAGCAAGGAGCGGAGAUAGCACCACGCGCUACGUCUACAAGGAUCCUAUCGAGUUUUUUCGCAUUCUUUAUUUUGGUAAUUGUAUCGUUCUAUAAAGCUCAAUUAGCUGCGUCAUUAACAACAGAGAAAUUAGAGCUGCCAUUUAGUAACGCAGAGGAAUUGGUCAAAAGAGCGGAUAAGCUCGGUAUUACAUAUGGCGCUGUUACGAAUGAAGCAACGCAUAAGUUCUUUCAGAGAUCAAAAGAUCCAGUAUUCAGUCAGAUUGGUGACUACAUGAACUCCCAUCCAGAACAUAUGGCAGAAGACGCUUUUGAAGGUUCAGUGAAGGUACUUGAGGGAAAUCACGCGUUUUUUAUGGAAUCUGUUACUAUUCAGUAUGCCGCUAAUGUGGUCUGUGAAUUCAUUAGCGUAGGAGAAAGAUUGGACGAACGAUAUUUUGGGAUUGCAUUAAGAAAAGAUUCCGGAUAUCGAAAUCGACUUAGUUCAGCUAUUUUACUUUUACAGCAAAAGGGCGUGAUUGACCAAUUGCAGCGUAAGUGGUGGGAAGAAGCAUUGGGAUCCAAAUUAUGCAAAGAGCCCCCGCCUGAUACAGUAGCGCCUCCAUUAACACUCCAUCACAUGGCCGGUAUAUUUUGGAUCACGAUAGUUGGGGUUAUUUUCUCUUUUGUAGUUUCAUUUUUUGAAUUAGGGGUGGAUGUGUAUCACAGAAUAGGAGUAGAUAAAAAAAUAUUUUUUCGGGAAUACAAGAAGGAAAUAAAGAAUGCUUUCAACUUGAGUAAAACAAUCAAAACUGUCGCGCCCAAAAGUGUGUCAUUAGAAAAUUUGGAUGUAAAUGAGUAAUUAAUUGUUUGGCGUCUGUUGUUACUUAAAAACUUUUUUUUAUUAUCAAUUAAUAAAAUGUUGUUUUAAGCGGA